AUGUCGCGUGCGAAAACUGAAGAGGCUGAGAUCAUGGAGCAAUUGCAGUCUGAAUCGCAGCUCUGGAGCCACGAAGGUGAAUCUGGGAAAGGUGGGCAAGACAGCGAUGGAGAGGAUAGCAGAGCUACAACACCAGAUUACGAACAUGAGGGAAAGAUUGGAUGGUUUGACUUGAGACAUCCUGGGGUAUCACUUGGUGGGUUUCUUCUUGAGUAUACGUGGGUACGGGACGACGCGUGGAAGCUGAUUGAUGCAGUGCUUUGGUAUUUCUUUGUUGGCUUCCCGGCUGCGUAUGGAGUGGCCUGGUUGAAUUGGGAGGGUUUUCGCUGGGUGGGUUACGAGAAGAUUAUGCGGUCUCCUAGUGGGAUUGUUAUGACGAGAGGUCUUUUUACAAUGUUCUACGCGCCUAUGAACGGGGUUGGGCUAACUGUGAUGUAGUGCUCUUUACGUUCGUCAGCAUCAUCCUCGUGGUCUCCUGGGCCAUGCAACUCUCUGCUGAAGAGAAGGAGAAGCGGAUUCGCAAGUUGAAGGAGGAGGCUAGGUUGUGGAAGAAGGCUUGUGAGAUCUUGGAGAAGGAGAAGAGGGAGUUGAUGUCGAAGGUGUGUAUUCUUAAUUGAAAGAUUUUCUUUGGGGUUUAUCUGAUGUUUGCGAAUAGGAACUUGAAGGCCCAAAAGCAAAAUUCUAUCCGUUUGCGAUGCGUGCUAGCAAGGAACUGAGUCGGGAGUAUGAACAAGAGCCCAAGGAACCGAGUGACUAUUAUCCAACGACACCAAAGGAUAUGAUUAAAGAGGUUAUGCGGAGACGAGCUGGGAAGCACUGA